CUGUGUGAGGGGGGACGGCAGGUGAGGAACUGAGGUCAUUCAUAUGACAAACAAGCUUCCUUCCGUGUGGCUGAAAGAGAACCGCUGCUGCUGCUUCCGGGUCUGGAGACGUUUGUGUCGCCGGAUGCCCCUUCACUUCGCUUCAGGUCUGUUUAUAACGUCGUGUGACCAGCAAUGCGUCCGAUUCCUGAGGAAUUAACGAGUCUCAUCUCAGAUUUGGAACAUUUCAUCUCAGAUGGGUUGAAGGGAGAAACUCUAAGCAAGAAGGCAAAGGAGAAGAGGGAAAGCUUCAUUAAACGAAUCAAAGAGGUCAAACUGAGUUACCCCCAAGAGUUCGAGGACAAAGGUGGAGACGACUCCGAGGAUGAGGAUGAUGCUGACAGCAACAACGAUGGGGCGUCGCUGCAGUCUGAGCGCACAGACAAAGAUGAAGAAGCUUAUGAAGGUGCUCAGCAGUUCCCACCUGUCGCAGCUCAGGACUUAACGUGUGUCAUUAAAGGGUUUCUGGAGAAACGCAGAAAAGAUCACAGCUUCUUUGGCACGGAGUGGCAGAAGAGAUGGUGUGCUCUGAGCCAUCACACCUUCUACUAUUACGGCAGCGAGAAAGACAAGCAGCAGAAGGGUGAGUUCAGCAUCGAUGGCUACACCGUCAAAAUCAACAACACGUUGAGGAAAGAUGCGAAGAAAGACUGCUGCUUUGAAAUUUCAGCUCCAGACAAGCGAGUCUAUCAGUUCUGUGCGUCAUCGGUGAAAGACGCAGAGGAAUGGGUCAGACAGAUCGACUUUGUGUUGAAAGAUAUGUCAGGAAUCAUCCCAGAGGAGGAUGAGGAGCAAUUCAUGUAUGACGAUGUUGGGAAUGUUGGAAGUUUUGCAGAACCCGAUGAAAUCUAUGAAGAACUGCCAGAGGAGGAAGGACCUGCUCCAGCAAAACCUCCCCCAAAAGUCGACCCUGUGAGCAAACCCGCUGCUGCUGCUGCUGUGGCAGUUGACAGGAGCACAGACUAUCCCAACUACUACCAGGGCUUAUGGGACUGUGUCGGAGACUGCCCUGAUGAGCUGACCUUCAAACGUGGAGAGGUCAUCUACAUCCUGAGUAAGGAGUAUAACACCUUCGGUUGGUGGGUUGGAGAGAAGAAUGGAUCUGUGGGGAUCGUUCCCAGAGAGUACCUGAUGGAGCUUUAUGCUGUGUGAAGAUGAGACCUGAUGGAGCUUUAUGCUGUGUCAAGAUGAGACCUGAUACAAGUUUGACGUUUCAAGAAAAUCAAAAUGUGCCCAAUGCAUUUUACCUGCCCCCCCCCCCCCCCCCCCCC